AUGUCAAAUCCUAUUAGAACUAACGGUAAACCAAAAUCAUCGAUGCAAAUCGAUAAUGCUCCAACACCACAUAACACACCAGCUAGUGUGUUGAAUAAUAGUUAUUUAAAGAAUGGUAACCCUGUGGCUAGUGAGAAGAUUCCUCAGACUAUUACUGAAGAAGAUAAUAGUCAAGCAGCUCAAGUUGCUAGUGCUUUAUUAGCUCAAAAACCAUUAUUAUUAGCAUCUAUCCAAGAUAAAUUAGAUGACUUAGUUGGUGCAGAUAGUGGAUAUGUUGAAUCAUUACCAACGGCUGUUAAAAAUCGUGUUUAUUCAUUAAGUGCUUUACAAACUGAAUUAUUUGAUUUAGAGAAAAACUUUCAAGUAGAAAUGUUUGAAUUAGAAGAUAAAUAUAAUAAAUUAUAUCGUCCAUUGAUGGAACGUAGACAUGCUGUCACUAGUGGUUCUGUUGAACCAACUGCAGAAGAAAUUGCUAAAGGUCGUGAAAUUGCCGGUGAAGACGAAGAAGAAGAAGAAGAAGCAGAGGAAGAAGAGGAAGAGGAGGGUGCGGAAGUUGAAGGGAUCCCAUCAUUUUGGUUAACAGCUCUUGAAAACUUACCUAUUGUUAGUGAAACAAUUACUGAUCGUGAUGCUGAAGUAUUGGAAUAUUUAACAGAUGUCUCAAUGCAAUAUAUCUCUGAGGGUCAACCAGGUUUUAAAUUAAUAUUUACUUUUGAUGAUAAUGAAAAUCCAUUUUUCACAAAUAAAACAUUAACUAAGACAUAUUACUAUCAAAGUGAAUUAGGUUACAGCGGUGAUUUUGUAUAUGAUCAUGCCGAAGGUGAAACCAUUGCGUGGAGCUCAUCAGAAAAUAAUGUUACUGUAGAAAUUGAACAACGUAAACAACGUAAUAAAGCUACUAAACAAGUACGUACAGUUGAAAGAUUAACUCCCGUAGAAUCUUUCUUUAACUUUUUCGAACCUCCAGUGGCUCCAUCAGACAAGAACGAAGAAGAGGAUGGCGAGGAAGAAGAAGAAGAUGUCGACGAAGAAUUGGAAUCUCGUUUGGCUUUAGAUUACUCUAUUGGUGAACAAUUAAAGGAUAAACUGAUCCCUCGUGCUGUCGACUGGUUCACAGGCGCAGCCCUAGAAUUUGAGUUUGUCGAAGAUCAAGAUGAAUACGAUGACGAAGAUGGUGAAGAAGAAGAAGAAGAGUACGGUGAAGGUGAUGAUGAUGAAGACGAUCAGGACGAUUUCGCAGGCACUGAACAAGCACCAGAAUGCAAGCAAUCCUGA